UUCAUUGCCACAGCUUUUAAUGAGUUUCAUGAAGUUCGUUUACAGGGCGAACUCACGGACGUCGUCAUCAAAGUCAAUGGCAAAGAGUUCAAAGCUCACAAGAUCAUUCUUUGCGCCUGCAGCCCUUAUUUUAGGAUGCUCUUCUCCACCUCAUCCACCAACGCGGAGGAAAAUUCCUACGAUAUUCUAGGAAUCUCCUCGGACACCAUGUCUCUGAUUAUUCAGCAUGCGUAUGCCAGACCUGUUCUCAUCACUACAGAGAACGUGUCGGAGCUCUUGCUGGCGGCAGAUCAGUUUUUAAUCUCAGGACUCAUAGAUUCUUGCUGCAAGUUCCUGGAGACAAACUUAAGCCUGAAGAACUGCAUCGGUAUCUGCAUACUUACAGAGCGUUUCCACUCCUGCUCAAAUCUCCACCAUAAAGCAAAGCUCUUCACCCUGCAGCACUUUGAGGAGGUGCAGCAAGUGUCCGAGGAGUUCCUGGAGCUCUCGCUGGAACAUCUGGAUGAGAUGAUCACUUGGGAUGAGCUGAAUGUCAGGAAGGAGGAGGUGGUUUUUGAGGCCAUCCUCCGCUGGAUUGAUCACGCUCCUGAAAACAGGAGAGAACACAUCGCUGUGCUUCUGCCAAAGGUUCGGAUGGGGUUAAUGUCUCCAGACUUCUUCAUGAAUAAUGUGGCCCCCAUGUAUGAACAACGAUGUUAUGUCAGUGUUGCUGUUCUGGACGGACUCAUUUAUGCCAUUGGAGGUUUUAAUGGACAUGAACGGCUAAAAACAGCAGAACGCUAUGACCCAAACACCAACCAAUGGACAAUGUUGGCGGCCAUGAGUGUACGGAGGAGUGACGCCAGCGCCACCUCACUGCAGGGCAGGGUUUAUAUCUGUGGUGGUUUUACUGGGGUCGAGUGUCUCUUCACAGCUGAGUGCUUUAACCCCGAAACAAACCAGUGGACUCUCAUCGCUCCCAUGAGCAGUCGUCGCAGCGGUGUUGGUGUUAUCGCGUAUGGGAAUCUAGUGUAUGCUGUUGGUGGUUUUGAUGGUGCCAGUCGUUUGCAAAGUGCCGAGGCCUACGACCCUCUCACUGACCGCUGGCAUAGUAUUGAAUCUAUGGUCAACCCACGCAGCAACUUCGGCAUUGAGGUGUUGGACGACCAGCUGUUUGUUGUCGGGGGGUUUAAUGGAAUCCGAACCUGCUCUAAUGUGGAGUAUUAUGACCAGAGGACGAAUGAAUGGGAUGAGUCAUGUGACAUGAGUAUUUCCCGCAGUGCUGUGAGCUGCUGUAUAUUAUCGGGGUUACCUGAUGUCACACCGUAUGUGGCCGAUCGAGACUCUCUCCAGACAUCAGAAGACGAGUCUGACAGUGAUUGAUCGACCUCCCCUUCCCUUCCAGAAGAAACAUCAUGACACGCCACAUGAUGUGAUUAAAUGCAGUAAAAUAAAACAUUGGUGUUGGAUUGUGCACUUUAAAGUCGGCAUGAGAUGGAAGUUGCAC